UUGAGAUACACGGAAGCCUUCGACCUCCCCAAACACAAGCACCUCGUUACUGGAAGGUAGCCUGUGAACGGUGGAACGGAAUAGAACCGGGACAAACAAGAAGCAGUUUAAUUAACGUUGUUAAUUUGUUUUAUUCUCGGAAAAAGUGGACAAACAAGAAACAUUAGCUAUAUCAUGUGAAUACCAAAAAAAAAAAAAAACAAAAAAAACAGACUGAAGAUGAAGAGUGUAAAGGACUGCUCGUUAGGGGCAGCUGUAGAGUAAACACGCUCCAACAGAGGAUGGCGAAAAUACUCGCUGAUACGGAAUAAAAGACAUUUUUUUUGUUCAUGUGUUGACAGCUGCUUUUUCUGUCCGAAAACAACCCGGGAUUCCCUUUGUCUCCACGUGUAGAUAGAUGAGCUUUGGAGAAGGAAAUUAGUCCCAGGAGGAGACACACUGGCCAUGUGGAUGCUGCCUGAUAGGUGUGCAUGUGGAGCUGUGGUUGGACAGCGAAGGAGAUACUCCAGGAAAGAUGAGGAAGAGCAGGAGUGUUCUCACGGUGUCUCACAACAAUGACUGCAAAGAGCCUCAAGAUUGCUGCCUAAGUGAGUCUUUCACAUCUCCAUCCUGCACACUGGGUGUUGACCUGCGCCGUGGCCGACGCCGUUUCUCUGGCAACCUGCAGCUUCCCCCGUUGUCAUGGCGUCAGGGGGAGAGGUCGCGGACACCUGAUGACGAAAUCAUGACCAGGCCAACGUCCUUGCCCUUUGGAGCCCCUCCCAGAAUAGACAUCACGCCAGUUGAUCCUGAAUGUUUCGAUGUGGAGAAUGGCCCGUCCGCCAGCUGCAGUCCUCUGGACCCCCAGGCCUCCCCCGGCUCUGGUCUGGUCCUACACACUAACUUCCCCGGUCAUAACCAGCGGCGAGAGUCCUUCCUCUACCGCUCUGACAGCGACUAUGAUCUGUCACCCAAGUCUAUGUCACGAAACUCCUCCAUCACCUCUGAACUACAUGGUGAUGACCUGAUAGUAACGCCUUUUGCUCAGGUUCUGGCAAGCCUUCGAAGUGUGAGGAAUAACUUCACUGUACUGACCAAUGUCCAGUGUGCCUCCAGCAAGAGGUCGCCUGCAGCAACCACUCAGCCUCCAAUCACCAGAGUUUGUCUCCCAGAUGAAGCGUACCAGAAGCUGGCCAUGGAGACGAUGGAGGAGUUGGACUGGUGUCUGGACCAGCUGGAGACCAUCCAGACCUACCGCUCCGUCAGUGACAUGGCCUCUAACAAGUUCAAGAGAAUGUUGAAUCGGGAGUUGACGCACCUAUCUGAGAUGAGUCGGUCUGGCAAUCAGGUUUCCGAAUUCAUCUCUAACACCUUCCUAGACAAACAGAAUGAGAUGGAGAUGCCGUCACCGACGUCAAAGACGCGAGAGAAGAAGAAGCAGCAGAAGCAGCAGCUGAUGACACAGAUCAGCGGAGUCAAGAAGGUCUCCCAUGGGCCCUCUCUCUCCGGCAGCAGCAUAUCACGCUUCGGCGUCAAGACCGAUAAGGAAGAGCUGCUGUCCAAGGAGCUGGAGGACCUCAACAAGUGGGGCCUGAACAUCUUUACUGUUUCGGAGUACUCCCACAGCAGGCCUCUUACCUGCAUCAUGUACGCCAUCUUCCAGGAGCGAGAUCUGUUAAAGACCUUUAAGAUCCCCGUGGAUACGUUGGUGGCCUACAUGAUGACAUUGGAAGACCACUACCAUUCAGAUGUGGCCUACCAUAACAGCCUGCACGCUGCCGACGUAGCCCAAUCUACACACAUCCUCCUCUCCACUCCAGCCCUGGAUGCGGUCUUUACAGAUCUUGAGAUCCUAGCAGCCAUCUUUGCUGCAGCUAUCCAUGAUGUUGACCAUCCUGGAGUAUCAAACCAAUUCUUAAUCAAUACCAACUCUGAGCUGGCGCUAAUGUACAACGAUGAGUCUGUGCUGGAGAACCAUCACUUGGCUGUGGGAUUCAAGCUACUACAGGAAGACAACUGCGAUAUCUUCCAGAACCUCACCAAGAAGCAGCGACAGUCCCUCCGCAAGAUGAUCAUCGACAUGGUUUUGGCCACUGACAUGUCCAAACACAUGAGUCUGCUGGCUGAUCUGAAGACUAUGGUGGAGACCAAGAAGGUGACGAGCUCUGGAGUGCUGCUGCUGGACAAUUACACCGACAGGAUGCAGGUGCUGCGUAACAUGGUGCACUGUGCUGACCUGAGUAACCCCACCAAGUCCCUGGAGCUGUAUCGUCAGUGGACUGAUCGGAUAAUGGAGGAGUUCUUCCACCAAGGAGACAGAGAGAGGGAGAGGGGAAUGGAGAUCAGCCCUAUGUGUGAUAAACACACAGCCUCAGUGGAGAAGAGCCAGGUGGGUUUCAUCGACUACAUUGUCCACCCUCUGUGGGAGACCUGGGCCGACCUGGUCCACCCUGACGCCCAGGACAUUCUGGACACCCUGGAGGACAACAGGAACUGGUACCAAAGCAUGAUCCCCCAGAGUCCCUCCCCGCCCUUCUACGACCAGGUCACGCACGGACACAGUGGAGGGACUGGAGGUCAGGGAGGCGGGGAGAAAUUUCAGUUUGAGCUCACUUUGGAGGAGGAGGACUUGGAUGGAAUAGAGAAAAAUGGCGAAGGGGAGGAGGACGAGGAGGAAGAAGAAGAGUUAGAAGAAGAGGAGGAGGAUAGUCUAGGAGAUUCUCAUUCUCCUCCCCUGGACUAUUUGGACGGUCAGGAGCUUGAGGAGGGCGGCAUGAUGGAGCCGGCAAUAGAGAUCGUGACACACGAGGCGUCGCCCACAGACACAUAGGGCUUCCAUCAUCACGCUCACAUGGUGAUUUGAAAGUUUUUUGGGCAAAAGAGGGGAGAUCCUCUUGCAGCUGUGCUUUUUAAUAAGCCCACAGAAGCAAGGGCUUAGUUUGGUCCCGCACAGGGGCGUCUUGCACUUGGGUGUUUGAAGCCAGACACGGACGGACAGUUUCAGUGAGGCGGUUUAAGAGUUCUCAGGAAAUAAUUACUGCGAACAUUUUAGUCUUGAUGGACAGGCGAGACUGAGGGUGGAACAUGAAGGAUUUCGGCCAGUUUUGAAAAUACUUACUUUUCUUUUCUGGACUGGCAUUAAAUGGACAUUGACACUACUGAGAGAAGUUUUGUACCUUAAGACUUUUUUACAGAUAUGAUAUGAUCUAGAAGUAGCAUAGAGUAAGAUCUACUGAUGGAGACACAUUUGUAUAGCAAGAGAAAGUGUUUACUUUUUUCCUGUACCAUUUGUCAAAGGACUUUUGUGUGCCUUUUUUACUAUUGUCUUUAUAAUAGUUUUUUAUUUAUUGAACACACUAGUAUGUCUGUGAAAUGUUUUUUUUUCCUAUCUGAAAGAGCAAAAUCUUUUUUUAUAUGUUAAAAAGAGAACAGUCUUCCAUGUAUUGGGCAAUAGAGAAAUCCAAACAAAUGUCGACAAACAACUCUUGGACAAACUCAUCUGAAUAGGGAACCAUUAACACCCACAUUUUACGCACAUUUUGUCACAUUUGUUUUUCAAUCUGAGCACAAUGUUUUACAUGUGGAAUUCAGACGCUUAUGGUUCACUCAUGGUUCAUGUUACAUGUUUAGUUUGUUGCUUUCUCUAUCAGAUGUCGGUCAAUGAAUGUCACAGUCACACUUAAAUACAUAAUCUAUUUUCAUACUCCAUCUCUCUAUACAUCAUAUUUUCUCUGGUCUGCAGACCAUUGGGGGCUUCCUACCUUAUCACAACAGAACUUUACUUGUAAUGCAAAAUCUCAGCAAGGAUAUGAAAUCCUAAAUUUACAACUAUAUGGUAGAUAUUCCAGAUAUUCAGAUAUUCCUGCUAAAUUUUCAGUGUAAUUUUAUUGGGACAUUUCAUAUGUACGAUUUUGUCUUUUUGUUUUUGCAUCCAAUCGUUGCUGUGUUGGUGUAAAAAAGAGGUUAGUCCAGUUCAAACCUUCAUAACCUACACAAAUCUACCACAAGGUGAAAUCAGCAGAAAUACAAACAGCUCAUGACAACAAGCUGCAUAGAUCUAUACUAAAAUCAGAAAUGAAGUCUGCCAAGGACGAAA